CGCGUAACAUCUUUGUAGCUGACUGUGCAGCCAUUUUGGGGAGGCUGUGGGCCGACGAGUUUGUAUGUGUGCCAUUAUUACCUGCUCUAAAACACACAAAGAACCCAAACGGAAAAACGUUGGACGACACGCCGUGAAAUAUGGGUACACCAGGAGACAGACGACGCCAUUUGUUGACUGAAAGAAUGGAGAAUUUCAGCUUGAUUGUCGAUUUAUCUUGACAUGGCAUGCAGCAGCUGGGCGAGUCGAAGGUUGUGACGACUGAAAAAAUAAGAGAGAGAGAGAGAACAAGCGAAACUUCAGACGUGGGAAGGGGGCGAUUGUGUCUAGCUAACAUUUAUUUCGCCAUUUAGUGUGUUAUUGCUGGGUUGGCUACUUGAUUCCCGAGCCGAUUUUAUGUCCAUGAUGUUGUUGACGAGACACGACUGAAGCAGAUAAGACCUAAUCUAAAAUGCUGAGCACAAGCAAAACCAGUUAGCUCGUGAGCGCUGCAGUUCUCCUGACUCUUAUAGCACUGGCUGUCACGCUGAACCGAGAGAGAUGUAAACGCGUGGAAAGAUGACUGUACGCUAGCUAGCCGACCACACAUAGGCCUCAAUUAAGCCAGUCAGACAGAAGAUAAGAUGUAGCUUAGCUCGUUGGUCCACUACUAGUUAGUGUCGGAAGUGAAAGCCUAAAUUAGCUUGCUAGCUAGCUUGCCUUAGCUAGUGUGCUAAAAAUACGCCCACAUCAUGAGCACCAGCAGUGGCAGCACCACAGGCCGUGGGCCUAGCGAGUGGCAGUAAAAGUCAAGGAAAUGUCAAGUUACUUUCGCAGUAGUCUUCGAUGUUACCCGGUGCCAACACAUGCUGGCAUCUGUAUUUACCUGCCAUGUUCGUCUGUGUCCCGUAUCCGCCUGUAACACGCACAUAACGAGGUCUCGGCAGAGAAACAAACAACGACAGCUAUGGAUGAGAGACUUUGAAAUGACCCACAUAAUAUAAAAGUUGUGUGCUCGCUAGUCUCUGUAGUAGUCCUCAAAUUCACGAGCAAAAUAUAUUGUCAGUAUGGGGUUUUAUAGUAUCAGCCGUCUCUGUUGAUUUCAUAAACUUUUUUUCCAAAGGAGGCAUUUGUCAAAUUUGCGUUGCAGUUUUGUUUAAAUCUCUGUUGUCAUCCAUCUUAGAUGGCAGGUUGGAAAAAAACGCUCAUCUGGCUUAAAGUUAUGUCUUAAAACAUGGAUGUCUGAUCAUAUAAUUUGGCAAUUUAGUCUUAGCUUGUCGAUCAUUCCCCUCAACACUGCCGUUCUCUAAAAGUUUAAAAUGACAUAGUCUCGUUUUUAAUUUGUUGACUUUUUCAGUUGGUAGGUAGUGGGUAUUUCACAGCUCAAACCAAGAGUUGUUUGUUGAGUUGUUUCCGCUAAGGGUAGCUAACUCCAUCCUUUUAUCCGACAUACAAAUACAAAAGUAGAGAGUGUAGCCACAGUAUUCUACACUAGAUAAGAUCAUCAAAAUCUAACCAUGGGGGACCCAACCUCACGAAGAAAUCAAACAAGAAAUCGACUUCGAGCUCAACUUCGGAAGAAAAGGGAAUCUUUGGCAGAUCAGUUUGACUUCAAGAUAUAUAUAGCCUUCGUUUUCAAGGAAAAGAAAAAGAAGUCUGCACUCUUUGAAGUAGAUGAAGUGGUACCAGUGAUGACCAACAACUAUGAAGAAAACAUCCUGCGAGGUGUGCGGGAUUCCGGCUACUCUCUUGAGAGUUCAAUUGAACUCCUGCAAAAAGACGUUGUGCAACUGCACGCUCCCCGCUACCAGUCAAUGAGAAGGGAUGUGAUAGGCUGCACACAGCAGAUGGACUUUAUCCUUUGGCCACGCAAUGACAUUGAGAAGAUUGUCUGUCUGCUGUUCUCCAGAUGGAAGGGGGCUGAUGACGAACCCUUUAGGCCUGUUCAGGCCAAGUUUGAAUUUCAUCAUGGAGAUUAUGAGAAGCAGUGCGUGCAUGCUAUGGGUCGUAAAGACAAGGCUGGUAUGGUCCUGAACAACCCAACUCAGUCUGUGUUUCUCUUCAUGGAUAGACAGCACUUACAGACACCUAAAACCAAGGCCACAGUUUUCAAGUUGUGCAGCCUCUGCCUGUACUUGCCUCAGGACCAGCUGACCUGCUGGGGUGUGGGAGACAUCGAGGAUCACCUCCGCCCAUACAUGCCUGAUUAGGGCUUCCUGCUCCAACCAGCCACAUAGGGAAAAGCCCCUCCCCUUUUCUCCUGCCUAAGCCUUUGGAAGCAAAUUGAUGUACUCAUCUCCAUCUUUUUCCCUUUUAAAAGAUUUGAACUUGUGCUUGGAUCUUUCCUUUUCCCUUUUUUGUUGCCUACUCAUUCACCCCUCCCUGGCCUGUGGCUGAUUCAGUUGCAUCCUCUUUUCCUCCCUCACACUCCAAAUGCCCCUCCCCCUUCUCUACCACCAUUUUGUUGGUUGCCGUUUUUUUGUUUUUCCCUCCCUGUUUACUCCCUCAUCCAUUUUUAUUUGAACCUGCACGAACAUUGAUUUUGAGUGGUUGGUUGUUCUAUUGGAGGCUCGCUGUCAACAGCACUGGUCAUUGAAGGAACUCUAUGUUGCAUCAAAACAGGAACAAACACCCAGGUCUUCACGGUGGUUCUCAGAUGGACGUGUUUUUAGAUCCUUGUUGUCAUAAGAAAGGAUUGUUAAAGCUUGUUUGUAAUGUCAUUGGGGUUAGUAGAACAACUUUACACAAUCUGUUGACCAAGGACAGGUGUGAAUAGGUGUUAAAACACCGGUGUACACAAAGAUAACAAUAUGAACAAUAUUUGUCAAAUCAUAUGGUGUAGGAAUUGCUUCUUAUAAUCUGCCUUGUUUUUUUUUUUUUUUUUGGGACUUGAAAGAUGUUUUUGGUAUCAUUUGCUUUCCUCUGAAACAUGCUAGGCAGGCCUUCACUAAUAUCUCAAGUGACUUAAAAGGCAUUGUUCAUAAAGUUGAGACAUGUUAGAUGUUGAAGGUCAUUGUCACCUUUCAAGCCGUUCAUGCACUAUUCAAGCUACUGAAAUCUGAUGUACAUUUAUUUGGGAUGUGGGUUGGUGAUACUCUGAAAUGUGUAAUAGUUAAUGUUUAACAUAACCUAACAAAAUUUGCUAAAAGAUAAUGUAUUUUAGUUCAAUUUGACCUAGUAAAAUUAAAAUUAUUUCCUGCCAUGCUCACCAAAUUAAAAUUGAAGUCUACGGGCUUGCUUGUUAAAGAAAAAGUACUUGGUACAUAUAAUUUUGCUCAUUGAUUCAGUGUGUUCAGUUCAAAGAUUAUAAGGUGUGUUACAUUUGUUUUUUUUCAGUUUGAUUCUCAAAUCAAUUCUGCUGAGCAUAUCCCAAUACACUGCAAAUUCUGAAAGCAUAA